AUGUGGCUGAGGUUCGCCGAACGCUGGGCGCGCGGCUCGGGGGCGGGAGCGGCGGCGCAAGAGGCGAGCGCCAGCGCCGCGACCAGCAGCCUCAGCGGGCGCGUUCGCGAACGCAUGACGCGCCGCGCCCAUGGCAGCCGCGCGGGCGCCGUCACUGCUCAGCACCACCCCGCAUACCCUGCACUAACACCGGCUGGCUCGAGCCCCGCGGAUUGGCGCCCAACGUGCCCCACACCGCAUACCCUACACAAUCCAAUGCGACCACUAGGCUAG